AUCAGACCCGAAUCGACUCCUACAGAGGCACAUAACACACAAUGAUAAAUCUUUGGUCUUUGGGUGUUCCUGCUAAGACCCUUCGCCAAUACCCACGCAUGGUGAGAACCGCUGCGUCGUUAACCUCUCCACAGGCGAUUCCAGCCAUCGAGACCCCGCGCCCGGUGCUUGCUCAUGACAUGCAAGCGGCGUUGGAGAGAAAGCGGAUCCCAAAGAGAUGCGGUUUGAUUGGUAAGAAGGCCGGGAUGGCACCAUGGUUCAACGAAACCGGUGAAAAGAUCCCGUGCACUGUGCUUGAGUUUGAAGCGGUUGAGGUUACUCACGUUAGAAAGCCAGAGACCGACGGGCUCUUUGCGGUUCAGUUGGGCUACGGUGCCGCUAAGGUGGCACGUGUGACACGUCAGCUCUUGGGGCACUUUGCCAGAGCCGCGGUCAACCCAAAGCAGAAGGUCAUGGAGUUCCUUGUACGCGAUGAGAGUGGGUUGUUGCCGUUGGGCACCCAGUUGCGUGCUGACCAUUUCACAGUCGGGCAGUUUGUCGAUCUCAAGGGAAUCUCUAAGGGUAAAGGGUUCGCUGGUGUGAUGAAGAGAUGGGGCUUCGGCGGGCAGCCAGCGUCCCAUGGUAACUCCAAGGCUCACAGAAAGGGUGGUUCCUACGGUGCCAACCAGGACCCCGGCAGAACCAUCCCAGGGAGAAAGAUGCCGGGUAGAAUGGGUGGCAAGAACUGCACCGAACAAAACUCCCAGAUUGUCUUUGUAGAUGCCGAAAAGGGAUACCUCUUGGUCAAGGGUGCCGUUCCGGGUCCUAAGGGUGGCUACGUUAAGGUCCAGGAUGCCAUCAAGAAAUACACUUAGUACUGA